AGGACGUCGUCGCGACAACUCUUCAUUUAGGCUACACUGGAUGCACGCUUGCACUCGGUAUAGGUUUGAUUCAGCAAGGCCUUGGGGGACACUUUGCUGCGUGGUCGAUUAUCGACAACGGUCGAUAGCUGCUGGGCCAUGGCGUGGUGGCUGUGGCUGUUGGUGCUCGUGGUGGUGUGGUGCUGCGCCGGCGUGGUGGCGGUGCUGUGGAGGCUGUGGGCCACCAGACCGCUCAUAGACGCUCCGGGGCCACCCACACUGCCCAUCAUCGGGAACAUCCUGCAAUUCCGCGAGCUACCACUGACGGUCCGCAAGCUACGAGACCUCUACGACCAAUACGGAGACUUGACUAGGUUCUACAUCGGUCCAGUGCCGGUGCUGAUGGUGGUGCACCCAGACGAUGUUCAACACAUCAUGCUGACAUCCAAGAUGGUAGACCGUGACCCCUUCUUGUGUCACGCUAUACGGACCUUUGCCGGCGAUGGCCUACUCUCCGUCAAUGGGCGCCAGUGGAAGACGCACCGCAAGCUCAUCAACCCAACAUUCCAUUCUGAGCUGCUGGAGGGAUUCCUGGAGGCCUUCCACGAGGGUGGUCUCUACCUGAGCGAGCGCCUGGCCAGGACUGGAGGCGCCACUAUCGAAGUCCACCCUCCGGCGGCUGUGGCAGCCCUCCGCGCCAUCUCCAGCACUCUCAUUCGCGUCAACCCUGACGUCAUAUUGCCGGGCCCCAUGCCAGAGGAGGAGGUCUCUACCGCCUUGUGUAACGCCAUGAGUUCCAUCCAGACGAUUAUGAUGAGACCAUGGCUGCAGAGUAAGCUACUGAUGCAGCUGACCUCCACAGGGCGUGGUGUGUUCAACUACGUGCAAAUACUGCAGGACCAGGUCAUGCAGUGCAUCGCCAUGAGGUCAGCAGCCAUCAAAGAACGAUCUCCAAAGAAACAUCUGAAUCUACUGGAAGCUCUUGUAAAGCCAGGUGGACAGACCAUGUUACCAGUCAGCGAGGUUCGAGACGAACUCGUGAACGUGGUGAUGGCCGGCACCGAGACAGUGGCUGUAUCAAUCAGCUUCGUGCUGGCCUUGCUGGCCCUCCACCCCGAGUGGCAGGACGCGGCCCACAAGGAGCUGAGGGACGUCUUCGGCGAGGGGGAUGACUACUAGCGGGCUGCCAGCCUUGCAGACCUGCACAGCCUCAGGGUGCUGGAGAGCAUCAUCAAGGAGAUGCUGCGCAUGUGCCCGACGGUCCCGGUGAUCUCCCGGGUGGCCUCGGAGGACCUCCUGCUGCCCAGGCGUCGGGUGCUGGUCCCUAAGGGCACCGUGCUGCUGUUGGUGCCCAGCCUCACGCAACGCCUGCCACAGUUUCACCCAGACCCACUGAAGUUCGACCCUUCACGCUUCUUGGACGGCCGCAGAGGGCAGGAACACGCGUGCAGCUACCUGCCGUUCGGGGUGGGCCCUCGCAGUUGCGUGGGCACCCAGUACGCCCGUCUGCAGCUCAAGGUCUUCCUGGCGGAAAUCCUGAGGCGCUUCCGCUUCCUGCCGCGCAGUCGCUGGGAGGACCUGGAGGACGCCUCAGUCUCCAUCAGCCUUCACACCACGGAGCCGAUAAGAGUCUCUUGCGUGCCUCUGCAUCCAUCCGGUACAUAAGAGUACUCUUUUCACCAACUGCGACAUAAUCGCGUGUACAAACAGUGAUCCAAUACUGGAAAAUGCUUUUUUAUUCCAGUCUCUGAUCACAAAUGAAUUCUUUAGACAAUGACCCGUUUCAUUCUGUAAUGACCAUCUUCAGAUCUAAAAUAUAAAUAUAUACAUCUAGUGAGCAGUGUGUCUUUUAACAUAAAACAGCAAUAUGUAUCACAAUAUACUGCCACACACCAGGGAAAUGUACAG